AUGCCGGCCAGUUAUUUCAAUGUCAAGAUCCUUAACUGUGAGCAGAAGUGUGGAACACAGGAGCUUCCAGGUCACAGAGAUGAGAGGGCCACUGGCGUGCUCUCCGCUUCCGUCGAGCCGCCAGGACGCUGUAGCUUCCUCCGAGGCUGGCCCUUCUGCCUCAAGACAAGCUCGGACCCGGCACGGAGCAGUGGGAAGGGCGGGAGAUUGCCCCUAGUGGACUCCAAGUCCAGUCCCAGUCCCUGGGCGCGUCUAGACACUGGUUGGAUCGCGGAGGAAACCGGCGGUGGCCUCGGAAGCCCGGGUAGGGCGCACCGCUCACCUGGAGAGGAGGCUGGGGGUCGGGGGACGCGCGCGCCCUUAGGCCCCACUCCUGUCUUCUGCCCUUUUUAUUCUCCCCUGCACCCUGGGGCGGGCGGCGCGGGGCCAGGGUUUGCGAGUGUCACCUACUUGCCCGCCUCGGGGACCCGGAUAUGGAAGGGGCGGUGGAUCGCCCUGGCCUUGAUCCUCCCUGGGCCGGUCGGGCGUUCGGGCGGCUGUGGGGCUGCAGCCCUUCUGGAAGGUGCGAGUGUGGGAGGAGCGAGAGGCGGCGAGGCAGACCCAAGUCCCGCGCGACUAGCGGCUGAGCCCAGAGCCAGGCUAGGAGCGCGCUCAAGCGAGCUCGGGGGAAGGCCGAGAAGACCUGGAGACAAACGGGGCGGGGUGACGAGGCGGGCCCCACUCCAGGAGCGCGGGGCCACAUGGACACUGGCUGGAGGUCUCCCCAGGGAUGCGCGGGGAUUGCAGGCCUCCAGCUGCCCCGCCGGCCGCCUCUGCCCUCCCGCGCCCGAGCUGCCAGUCCAGCGGGUACUGCCGGUCCUCGGCAGUGCGUCUGGGGUCUGGAUCCCCGACUCCGCUUGCCGCGAGCGCGCGUGUCAGCCGACUCGCCCUGGACCGCAUGAUGCAGCUCCCGCAGGGCCGCAGCCGCAGGUCGUCGCUGAUUGCCAGCUCGGCGCCCACUGCACCGCUGCGCGGCCGCCUAGGGCUCAUCGCGCGGAAGUCGGCCCGGUCCCUCCCCUGGGCUGGAUGGGCCAGCUCCUCCCGAGGGGUCGCGCUCUGAGUUGGAUGCGAGAGAGGCUUCUGGGCGCGUCGCGGGCUGGGUCCUGGAGCUGUGGUCCUCUCCGAGGUCUCAGUGUGCCCGCAGCGCCCCCUGCAGUGCGUCCCCUGCAAGGGGCCCGGAACACAUUCCUGUCCCCGCCAGGCCUGCAGGCCAGAGCGCCUGCCUUUCAUCCACUCUGCUCAGCCGCCUCUGCGGUCGGCUGCCUUGGGCGCUGGCCUUAGCAGUUCUGAGUUUGAAUUCAAUCGCCAAUACACAGAAAGCCACACAAAUGUGAAGCUUUGUGAAUUAUUAUCAAAUGAACACCUUUGUAACAGCUACCCAAGCCAGGAAAUAGUACUUUCCCCCAGAAUACCUUACCCGUGCCCCUUCCCGAUUUCACUCGACUCCCUUCUUCCCAAAGUAGCCACUAUCCUGCCUUUCAUAGUAAUUACUUACCCUAGUUUUUAAAAAAUUGUUGUCACCCAAGUUCGCCUCUCUACAGGCUAUAAAUUAGACUUGCUCAUUUUGUUAAUAUCUUUUAAGUCUCUUUAAUUCGUAGUUUCUUUCUCCAUCACUUUCUUUUCCUUGCAAUGUAUCCUUGGAAGAAUCUGAAGAGAUUUCUAGUCUGGAUUUCACCGAUUGCAUUCUCCUGGUGCAGUUCAACACAUCUCCCUGUUUUCUGCAUUUCCUGCAAAUUGACAGCUGGAUCCAAAGGCUCGAUCAGACUCAGGUUCAGGAUUUUUGGCCCUGGUAAGCACCAUUCUACUCCCUGCCUCCAUAAGAUCCACUUUUUUAGCUCCCACAUUUGAGUGAGAACAUGUGAUAUUUGUAUUUUUGUACCUGGUUUAUUUCACUCAACAUAAUGAACUCCAGCUCCAUCCAUGUUGCUACAAAUGAAAGGAUAUUAUUCUGUUUUAUGGCCAAAUAAUGUUUCUUUGUGUGUAUAUACCACAUUUUCCUCAUCCAUUCAUUAACUGGUGGAUACUUGGGUUGAUUUCACUUCUUGACUAAUAUGAACAGUGCUGUAAUAAACAUGGGAGUGCAGAUACUUCUCAGGUUUACUGAUUUCCUGUAUUUUGGAUAUAUAUCCAGCAGUGGGAUUGCUGGAUCAUAUGGUAGUUCUACUUUUAGUUUUUUGAAGCGCCUCCAUACUGUUGUUCAUAGUGGCUGUCCUAGUUUAUAUUCCCACUAACAGUGUAUGAGUGUUCCCCUUUCUCCGAAUCCUUGCCAACAUCCGUUAUUUUUUGUCUUUUUGAUAAUAGUCAUUCUAACUGGGGUGAGAUGGUAUCUCAUCAUGGUUUUGAUUUGCAUUUCCCUGAUGAUUAGUGAUAUUGAACAUUUUUUCAUAUACCUGCUGACCGUUUGCAUGCCUUUUUUUGAGAAAUGUCUAUGCAGGUCUUUUGUUCAUUUUAAAAAUGAAGUUAUUUGUUUAAAAAGGAUAUUUUGAAGCCAGUCACAGUGGCUCACACCUGUAAUCUCAGCACUGGGAGGCUGAGGCGGGCGGAUCACUUGAGGUCAGGAGUUCAAGACCAGCCUGGCCAACUUGGGGAAACCCUGUCUCUACUAAAAAUACAAAAAUUAGCUGGGUGUGGUGGUGGGCGCCUGUAAUCCCAGCUACAUGGGAGGCUGAGGCAGGAGAAUCUCUUGAACCCAGGAGGUGGAGGUUGCAGUGAGCUGAGAUCAUACCACUGCACUCCAGCCUGGGUGGCAGAAAGAAACUCCAUCUCAAAUAAAUAAAUAAAAUAUAGGCUGGGUGUGGUGGCUCAUGCUGUAAUCCCAGCACUUUGGGAGGCUGAGGUGGGCAGAUUGCUUGAGCCCAGGAAUUUGAGACCAGCCUGAGCAACGUGGCAAAAUCCCAUCUCUGCAAAAAUAAUAAUAAAAAAAAUUAGCUGGGCAUGGUGGCAUGCACCUGUAGUCAGUGCCAGCUACUCCAGAGGCUGAGGUGGGAGGCUCACUUGAGCCUGCAAGGUAGAGGCUGCAGUGAACCAUGAUUGUGCCACUUCUCUCCAGCCUGGCUGACAGAGAGAGACUUUCUCUCAACAACAACAACAAAAUAUAUAUGUAGGCUGGGUGCUAUGGUGCAUGCCUGUAAUCCAAACAUUUUGGGAGGCCGAGGUAGGAGGAUCACUUGAGUCCAGGAGUUUGAGACCAGCCUGGGCAACAUAGUGAGACUUCAUCUACUAAAAAUACAAAAAACUAGCUGAGUGUGGUGGGGUGUGCGUAUGGUCCCAGCUACUUGGGAGGCUUAGGUGGGAGAAUCACUUGAGCCUGGGAGAUGGAGGCUGAAGUGGGCUAUGAUCUUACCCCUGCACUCCAGCCUGGAUGACAGUGAGACUGUCUAAAAAAAAAAAAAAAAAACCAAAAUAACAACAACAGCAACAAUAAUAAAAAAAAAAAAGGCUAAAUUUCUCCCUGCCUUAAAAGAAGAAAAAGAAAAAGAAACCUUUACUUCUGUACACCCAUAAGAUUUGCACAACUUAAAAAGUCUGAUGUCACCUUUUUUUUUGAGACGGAGUGUCGCUCUGUUGCCCAGGUUGGAGUGCAGUGGUAUGAUUUUGGCUCACUGCAACCUCUGCCUCCUGGGUUCAAGUGGUUCUCCUGCUUCAGCCUCCUGAGUAGCUGGGAUUACACAGGCUCGUGCCACCACACCCAGCUAAUUUUUUAUAUUUUUGGCAGAGAUGGGGUUUCACCAUGUUGGCCAGGCUGGUCUUGAACUCCGGACCUAAAGUGAUCCACCCACCUUGGCCUCCCAAAGUGUUGGGAUUACAGGCGUGAGCCACUGUGCCCAGCCCUGAUGAUACAUUUCAUUUUAAACUAUCAUUCAGGAGUAAGGGUAAACAAGAUUUUCAGGGAGGGAACCAUAGGGAAGCUGGCGAGACUGGCAGAAACAGGAAAUUGUGUAUUCCGUUGGUUGGAAUCUGAAUCAGCCGGCUAUGUGGAGAGCACUUUGGUAAUCCUACUUAGAUAUCUGCAUACUUUCUGGUAGAGACAUUUGUAAGUAUCUGCUCUAGGUAGAGACAUUUGUAAGUAUCUGCUCUAGGGAAACCUGUUCCUAUGUUCGCAAGGGCGUAAGUACCAAGAUAUUCACUGUGGCACUGUCGGCCAUUCUAAAGAAGUGGAAAAAAACUGACUCUGCCCUGGUAGAGGAACAGGACAGUGAGAUGCAGCAUUGUCUAUCUUCGAAUACUCCAAAGCAGCAAAGCCAGAGAGUAUGAAACUCCAUCUGCCAACGCAUCUAAACAUCAAAAACAUGAUGCAAGAUAAAAGCAAGCUGCAACACGAUAUAUACAGUAUUAUCAUAAUUUAUGUAAAAGACACUGAAGUUAUAAUAUACAUCAUUAAUGGAAAUAUACACAUAUAUCAAAGUGUAGAAAAGUCAAUUAGACCUUACAGCUGACUACCUAACACAAUAACCAAUACUACAUGUCGACAGCUGUGCUGCUGGGGCAGGAGGAGAGGAGGGGAGGGAUGAGCCUCAGCUCUCUCUAUAGUGGUUUAUUUCUAGUAGAUAGAGAAAGAGCUCCAAAGCAAAGGGAUUUCAUGGGUUAUUUCUGCAUGGCCAGUAAGGGUGUCUGUUACAUCAUUAUUUCUCUGUAUGUUUAAAAAUUUAUAAUGAAAAUUUAUUAUCUCUGCACAAGCACUUUUUAUUUCCCCUGUGAAGUAAUCAGAAGAGUUGGAAAAUAAAUAAGAAGGAAAUAACUUUA